UUUAUUUUCACCUUGGAUUUUUAAAGUAUUCUGUCUUUGUGUGUGCCCCGCCUAUACUAUGAAGCCCGAACAAAGGAGCCCCUGAAUCACCUUCUCCAGAAGCAGAGUCACCUGCGCGUGCUUCCUGGAAGACAUACUGGACACUGACUGGGGACACUGGAAAUCUGAGCGACAUACUGCAAGGUUACGCAACAAAGCGCCCAUCAGAGUGUUUUCACAUUUUCAACAUGCAAAAUCUACCUUCUAUAGACUUUGAACAGUUAGCGGAGAUUGAGCUUCAGAAGGAUGAGGAGGAACAGGCACAGCUGAUUGGUGAUACAGUGGAUGACCCCACCUGCGAAGCUAAUGAUGUCAGUAAAAGUCACCCAUAUUAUGACAUCGCCCGCCAUGGUAUCAUCCACGUUGCUGGAGAUGACCACUCGGGAAGAAAAGUGAUCACUUUCAGUUGCUGCCGUCUCCCUCCUUGUCAUGAGAUUGAUCAUGUCCGACUCCUGGAAUAUCUGAAAUACACAUUAGACCAGUAUGUGGAGAAUGACUACACUGUGGUCUAUUUUCACUAUGGUCUAAACAGCAGGAAUAAACCCUCGCUGAGCUGGCUACAGAGCGCCUAUAAGGCUUUUGAUCGGAAGUACAAGAAGAAUCUGAAGGCUCUGUAUGUGGUUCAUCCAACUAACUUCAUCAAAGUCUUGUGGAAGAUAUUCAAGCCAGUCAUUAGUCACAAGUUCGGCAAGAAGGUUCUGUACAUGAAUCACCUGAGUGACCUUCGAGAGCAUCUGCGGUUCAAUCGGUUGAUAAUACCACAGGAAGUCUUGCAACAUGAUACAAAACGAUGUGUUCAACAGAAAGGAAGACCCCCACCUGUUAGUAAAGCCCCUCCACCUCGUCCUCCGCUUCCAACACAGCAGUUUGGCGUCAGUCUUCAAUACCUAAAGAACAAAAACAAAGGAGAACUGAUCCCACCAGUUAUGGAGCAAACGGUUUCCUACUUGAAAGUGAAAGGGCUGCGGACAGAAGGACUCUUUCGAAGAUCAGUUUCCGUUCACAUCAUCAAGGAAAUCCAGAAGCUUUAUAAUCUCGGGAAACCAGUGAAUUUUGAUGACUAUGGAGAUAUGCAUGUCCCUGCCAGUAUUCUGAAGACCUUUCUGCGGGAACUCCCAGAACCACUGCUGACUUUUACCUCUUACCAAACUAUCCUUGAAAUCACCAGUGUGGAGAGCAUCUUGCGUGCCAACAUCUGUAAACAGAUUGUUCACCAACUCCCAGAGCACAACUAUGCCGUCCUCAAAUAUCUCAUGUGCUUUCUAAACAUGGUUUCUAUGGAAUACAUUUCCAACAAGAUGACGGCUUCCAACCUGGCCUGUGUAUUUGGAGUGAAUUUAGUGUGGCCACAGGAGGGUGCACCUUCAAUCAAUGCUCUGGUUCCCGUGAACAUGUUUACAGAACUGAUGAUUGAAUUCUAUCCAAAAAUCUUCAAUUCCAGAACAGUCCCUGGAGAGACUCUACCCUGAACUGCACCUUUAAGAAAGUUAACAGAAUUUUUCAAGCGCACAAGACA